AUGUCAACGGACCGGCGCCGAGGUGCGAGUAAGCGGGAUGGACGGAGUCGCGAGGCAGUCGGUACCAAGGCACGGAGCACCAGCCCCUCAAGGUGGCCCUUUACAAUGACAUCAUCAUUCAACGCACAGUCAACAUUAACAUCUCACACAACAUCGCUGGUGCCGCUCCGGGCGCGAGUUCUUUCACAGCCUCUGGGGGCAGAGAAUGAGUGGGUAGAACAAGGCGAGGGAUACGUAGAGGUGUGCGGUCUUCUCAUUGUUGUCGUGUCGCUUCCGCCGUCAGCCCUCCUGCGCAGGUGCCUCAGUGACGGCAUGAGCAAAAACAAGAUCGGCAACUGUCGAAAUGGCGCGACAGAGGAAUAUAUUGAACGAUUCGGUGAGGAGGAAAGUGAUGAGGUGGUGCACAGUGGAUCCUCUGGCAUGGAGCCUGUUGUCGUGGAACCGACAAUCGUGAGUCUAAACGAGCAUGGGGAAAUCAUCAUGGAGGACCUUGUCACCGAGGACACCCCAUUCGUUGGAGAGGGUGGAUGCCUCGUGUGGAAUAGCCUGGAACAGCAGUUAUCGUUUUGUCUGAUGUUCUCUUCGGAGGAAAGCUACGCCGCCACCUGGAGUGCGCUAGUGGCGCUUCAGAAUAAGCCCUAUCCAAGAUUUGGAUUUGACUUACUUAAGCUGUGCAGACCUAUCGAGAGCAAAGAAGCUGCUAAUGCUACAACGGAUGCCUUAAAGCGGCGGUACCUGGAAAGGGGGAAUAUUCUUUUCCCGUACUCUUACUACAUUCACAAUGAGUACGAUCCUCCGCUUGGCUUCGUAGAACGGCAUGCUCUCUCCUUGUCUAUUAUGGAAUAUGGACACGCAUUAAAUCCGGAUCUCUACCAUGACCCCAACACAAUACUGGUACUAUUAGAUAUAUGCAAUGACGAUCUUUUAGAGAUUCUGGUUUCGGAAGAGGCGUACACGAUGCUAGCCAAGGGACUGAACGUGGAAGUGCCUGAUCCAUGGCAAAUUCCGCAAGGUCUGAGAAAGCUGGAUGUUUCAGAAGCAUUCACCACCAUCAUUGGCAAAGCCCUUCGUCUACACCACUUGCAAACAGAUGUGUUGCCAAUUAGCACCUCGGAAGAGAUCUCGCAAAAAGUCAGUCGCGUGUGCCACCGACUACAGAACGAGGCCAUCAGCUUGCUAUUGGAGAAGGAUGAGGUGCUAAUGCAGGCUAAGGAGGCCCUCCUCGUUGUGCCACCAUCGCUGCCGCCAGCAGCCGUCCGACAUCGUGUCUCACCAAUAGGUAGCACUGCGAGUGGAUCCUCCCUGGCGUCAGAUGAACAACCACGGAGUGGUUCCACUUCCUCCACAGUUGCCAUGGAGCAAACAAUUCGGGCAGAGCAGCAGGUUAUCUCGCAUCUUCGAUUCUUGCGCAGUCUCUUCAACCUUGCGCUCUCUAUUUUGGAGCGGGAGGACCUCUUGGUAUUAAGUGCGAAGGUAUUCCAUACUGGUCUUCUGGAGGCGUUGUCACUGGUGGCCGAGCGCUAUGGCAUGCCGCUUGGAAGCACCGCCCUCUUUGCCCCUUCCCCAGGAAAGAGCAAUGGUGUGAGUAGCGGCGAAUGCGUAGAGGAUGAGGAGCAGUUGGCGACGAGACGAUUCUCCCACCCCUCGGCUGUGUACAACAGUGCCAAUUUUUACUCCUCGUCAGUGGAACAAGAAUUAGUUGCUCUUCUAGAUGUCAUCAUUGUACAGUUGUGCGAUAAACAGGACGAGAGUCUUAUGAACAAGUACAUUCGAGUUCCUAUUCUGAAUGAUCCACCCAAGUACAACGGUCUCAUGACUUUUUUAUUUCGGCAGCUUGUUGUUGGAUGUGGCGGGGCGUUGAGUAAGAAAUCUUUGCGUGAUCCGAUGAGCUGCUACAAUCCCUAUCUCGCAUUUCACGUGCUGGGGCUGCGCGAGGAUGGCCCGGUGGCAGCAGCCCGGGUGGUGAUGGACCCGGACAUACUCGACAAGCGCAACAGAUUCCACACUCUCUUCAUACAGAAGUACCUGACGCAGGGAGUGCGCGGCGUCAUUGUCCCGGUGCCGCCCGCCCCGCCCAACACACUACAGAUGAACAGAACUGCGUCGAAUGCUCUCAUGCAUGUGGCGACCGCACCGCUGGGCGGAUUGCCGCCAGGCAUUUCGUCCCCACUUAUUCGCGUGCUGGACUUCACCAUAGCUCAAGGAAGUUUUGAAAAUGUGGAGCUGAUUCUCAGGGCGAUCUUUCACAGCAAGUCCAGAGUCCUGCAAUUCAUCGAAGUGUGCUCCGACGCUGCGAGUCGUAACAGCAAGUUGGUUUGUAACGAUGUGCUGGUGGGCAAUAUGCGUCUACUCAAGACAGUGCUCACGCAAAUCGUGCCACCUCCCUCCGCCUCGCCGCGGCGCUUCGAAGGAGCCAACGGCUUUGGCGCCGAUACCCCUUUCGGUACCAUGUACGUCUCGUCUUCACUCUCCAAGACGUUAGUGACAAUGAUAUGUCGCACACUCACCGUAGAGAGGGACACAUUUGGCUACAUCUUCAGAGCGUGGAACAGUUUGGGUGGAACAAGGAAGAAUACCAUGUUUCAUUCCUCUGUGUUGGCCAUUCUUGAACUUUUUGACAGGUUUCAACCACAAAUGUUUCCUACAGAGUUUGGAAGCAGCAACUCACGUGAUAUACGUGAUUACCUUUUUUUUAAGCACCGCUCUAUCAUGCCAGCGAUGUUUGCUGGCCGGUUCAGUGAGACCAUGCUGGCGGAAGUGAAUAUGCGACUCGGCCACGAUGAGUUGUUCUCGCCCAAUGCAAGUAUUUGCACAGCCAGCUCGUGUAGUAGUGGGUUCUACGCCUCCCGGUUACGUUAUGUUGACGAGCUUGAGGGCGUUGAGGGUCUUAACGUUAACACCUCCAAGAGCGGCAGUUGCCACGAGGAUGGCGCGACAUCGUUUCCAAAGCGAAUGCGCACUAUGGUGGAGCAGGCGUCCCCCUUUACCCUGGUACCACCGUUGUCCCGACUCGAGCAGCCACCGACGCCGCUGCCGCCAAUCGGGUCCUCACACGCGGCCUUCGUAAAGGAAAAUCAGCUGGACAUCGCCGCUCGUGAUCCGGAUAGUCCACCCUUGUGUCUCAGUGACGACGAAGACAACAGUGAUAGUCUUAACGUCAACAAAGGCGAUGACGGCAUCGACGGCGGCGGCGGUGGUGGUGGUGGUGGUGCGAAUAACUCGCCCUGUGCUGAUGUCAAUUUGGACGGCCGGGUCUUGAACGCUAUUGGCGCUCCUGACGGAAUCACCGUAACGGCAAAAGCACCCAGCAAGGCAUCUGAUGGCAGCACCAUCAGUGAUCUCAGCAGCAGCGACAGUAACAGCAACAGCAACAACAGCGGUGACGCCGAUGGUGUGGCUCUGUUCACCCGGGUCUCACACCCGAUGGUUUCCGCUGCGCAUAGAAGGAGCAAACAUCGCAUGAGACGGUGGCCGCGCGGUGAUGAUGACAAGAGGCGCGGUCUCCGCGCCAACGUGGAGACCGUCCUCCCGCACCUUAGGCUCAAGAAGAAUUCAGCAAGCGAGGGCGAGCGGUAA